AUGCGGACAAAGUUUGCCGGUGGAGAAUGCUCAGAAGAUGGAUGUUUUGAUAACGUAAUGAAAUUCGCAGAUGGAAAUGAAAAAUUGGAAAUACAUGUUGUUGAUGAUGAAAAGAAAGAUAUGGAAAGCGCAGCUGACCAAUCAGUUAAUGUACCAAUCAUUGACUAUGAUCACGAGCCACGUUCACGGAAUCAAUCAUCCGAAGAGAUGAAAAACUCCCUCCUUCAGCGACCACAACAAAUAUUUAACUCUGAAACGGUUGCUACUACUCAAGAUUUAAAUAAAUAA